AUGCUACAAGUCAUCGCAGCACGGCUCGAGGAUAAAGAUUGGAACAUCCGACGGGCAGCAAUCAAGGCGCUUCGAGGCCGGGCCAACCUGACAGAGGAGGCGCUACAAGCCAUCGCAGCACGGCUCGAGGAUGACAAGUGGAGCGUCCGAGGAGCAGCAAUCCAGGCGCUUCAAGGCCGGACCAACCUGACAGAGAAGAUGCUACAAGGCAUCACAGCACGGCUCGAGGAUGACAAGUGGGACGUCCGAGAGGCAGCAAUCAAGGCGCUUCAAGGCCGAGCCAACCUGACAGAAGGGAUUUUGCAAGCCAUCGCAGCACGGCUCGAGGAUGAAGACGGUGGCGUCCGACGGGCAGCAGUCGAGGCGCUUGUGGAUCAAGCGUCGCUACCGUUAGAGGUCCUUAGCCUAUAUGUCAAAUCCUUAUACACGGCUUUGCUACAGAGAAGCUUCCAAGAACACCUAUACUUGUGCGCUUCAGAUAGCGUUUUCAUUGGGGUUGGUCUUAGACAUGUUUCUAUAAGUUACAAGCAGGAACAGCAGCCUAGCGCCGAGAUGUGGGACAUACGGAACUACCUAGAUGUUCAUCCCCCACCUCUUAGGAUAUAG